AUGCCAGACGCUCUAGCACUUCCGCGAAGGCGGCAGCGGGCUGUAGAGGAGUCCGACUCUGAUAGCGAGGAAGCGGAUCGUGAUGGCACCCCGUUCUCGCAUACUUCAAAUGGCAGCAAACGCGUUAGAUUAAGCACCGGAAGCGAUGCCGGUGAAAUUGAAGCAAAGGAGGGGGGUUUAUCUGAUGAUGAUGGUGAAAAUAAGCUAUCAGCAACAGGGUUCCUUGGAGCAGAUACCUCUGAUAUGACAUCGUCAAAAAAUCGGACGCGUGUGGGGGGUUCUCGCAACCAGGGCAUAGGGAAUGCGGGAGCCCUCGAACAUCUUCCCGGCUCGAUUGUGAGAGUGAAACUAACGAAUUUCGUGACUUACACCUCUGCCGAAUGCUACCCAGGGCCGAGACUUAACAUGGUGAUCGGGCCUAAUGGAACAGGAAAAAGUACUUUUGUUUGCGCCAUUUGCCUAGGACUUGGUUGGGGGCCAGGAUACUUGGGCCGAGCUAAGGAUGUUGCUGAGUUCGUGAAGCAUGGUGCCGACGAAGCUAUUAUUGAGAUUGAGCUUAAGGCCGGAGCAGACAUGAAUCAAAACCCGAUCAUCUGCAGGACCAUCAAGCGCGAGGGCAAUAAGAGCAUGUUUACGAUAAAUGGAAAAGCCGUUAGGCAGAAUAUGGUGCUAUCUCUUGCAAAAUCAUUUUCCAUUCAAAUCGACAACCUUUGCCAAUUUCUCCCGCAAGAUAAAGUCAGCGAAUUUGCUGCAUUAUCCCCUGUGGAGCUACUGCAUUCUACACAACGAGCUGCUGCCGGGCCUGAGAUGGUGAAGUGGCAUGACGACCUCAAAGAAUUACGGGCGGCACAAAAAGACAUACUGGAAGAGAGUACCGCUCAGAGAGAGCAUCUGGCAAACCUAGAGAAACGCCAACAAAUGCAACGUGAGGAUGUAGAAAGAAUGAAACAGCGAGAAGAGGUAAAAAAACGUUUAAAAUUGUUGGAACUUUUAAGACCACUUCCUCGAUAUUCUGAGUGCCAUAAGGAGUCUCUUGCCCUUAUGGAACAAAAGCAGAGGUUGACACGAGAGCAAGAUGAAUUACAACAACAACUGGAACCAGUAUUAAGGGCUGUCAACUCAAAAAGAGAAUAUUAUUCUAAAGUUGAGGCUGUACUCAAGCAGAAAAGAACCCUUGCUGAGAAAGGAGAACAGGCCGCAACCAGGAUCUCUAACAGAAUGGUCGAGAUUGAGGAUAAAAUGAAGGGCUUGAGCCAUCAGAUAGACGCAGAAAAGAGAGGCGGCUCGGGCCAGCUGGAGGAGUGUAAGAGGGUUCAACAGAGCAUCAAUAAGCUCCAACGUCAAAUUGAAGAGGGGUCUGCGGAGUUUGAUGCUGCCGCAUAUACCGAAAAAAUACGUGAGUGUGUUCGACGAAUACGUGAAACAGAAGAUAAAGCGAAGGAAAUCCAUGUCAAAAAGAGAACCACCAUCCAGAACCUGGAAGAUCAUAGAAUGAAGAUUGCACGUGCUGAGAAACGAUUACAAGACCUCAAAUCCCAGUCAGGUCAACAAGAAGAAAAGCUAAGGCGAAUAUCCGCGGAUUCAUGGAAGGCCUGGCAGUGGAUAAGAGAGCACCAGGAUCGGUUUGAAAAGCGCGUGUUUGGUCCUCCAAUUGUAGAAUGUUCUGUAAAGGACUCAAGAUACGCCAGUGCCGCGGAAUCUCUUUUGCAGAGAAACGACUUUAUGGCAUUUACCACGCAGUCUCGCGCAGAUUUCAGAACUCUGCAGGGCAUUUUGAACAACGACCUGCGUCUACACGAUAUAAGUAUAAAGACAUGUACUGUAUCAACAUCCAGUUUCAACCCACCAGUUUCUGAUGAGGAGCUUCGAUCAUUGAAUUUCGAUGGCUGGGCAAAGGACUUUAUGGAUGGCCCAGAGCCCGUUCUAGCUAUGCUGUGCAAUGAGAACAGAUUUCACCAAACUGCCGUCACUCUGAGGGACAUUUCAGAUGAAGAGUACCGCAGGCUGGAGAGCAGUAAUAUAAGCACCUGGGUUGCUGGGAAUCAAAAUUAUCAAGUCGUGCGACGACGUGAAUAUGGUCCAAGUGCAUCCACUACUAGGGUACGGCAGUUACGACCAGCGAGAAUGUGGACUGAUAAACCCGUCGAUUCGUCUACUGAAGAUGAACUAAGAAAUUGCGUUACGCAAUGGAAGAGCGAGUUGAGCGAGAUAGUUGCUGCAGCAGAGCAAGAAAGGAGUGCGCUGCAGCAGCUAAAGGAAGAAAACGAUGAGGCCUCUAGAGAAAAGACCAAAUUUGAGAAAGAAAAGGCGGAUAAACAAUCAGCAAUGGUGAUUUAUCGAUCUCUCCCCACGAAACUUGCGCAACAAAAGGAAAAACUGAAAACUGUCAAUGAUCGAGUGCAGGCAAUCAGAGACAGAGUGGAAGCAUUACGAGAUAAACAAGAUGAAUUUGCUGUUGACAAAGCCGCAGCAGCUAUUGACUACUCCGCUGCGGUAAUCUCGCUAUGCAGUAUACUUGAAGAGGUAGCUCGCAUAGAGAUCCUGGCGAUAGAGGCUAUGUCCGACUUGGAUGUAUUGAAAGAGCGGAACAGUGAAUUUACCAGGGCGCUCGAGGAUAAAGGAGUAGAAGUUGAAGAUGCGAUCCGAAGGUUAGCUGAAGCUAGGGCGAAGCUUCAGGAGGCCAAGAGGGCCGCACGCGCUAUUGUAGGCCGCAUGACAUCAGUACCUGGCCUCAGAGAAAUUGGCGAAGAGGUCAAGCAUCACACCAUCGCACAGCUAGAAGCUGACAUCGACUCCGAGAAGGCUAGGCUUGAGCUGACACACGAAGGAAGCAGCAAUAUCAUACAGGAAUUUGAAGACCGACAAGCACGCAUUGAACGGUUGAAAGAACAACUCGCCUCAUCGCAAGAAAAACUGACUGCUAUAGAACAAUCUAUCACAGAGAUACGGAGUGAAUGGGAGCCACGAUUGGACGCAAUUGUGUCUAAGAUCAGCGAUGCGUUCGCUGACAACUUCGCUCGCAUAGGAUGUGCAGGCCAGGUAUCUAUCGACAAGAACGAAGGCCUUCCGUCUAGUGAUGCAGGGCCUGGAAGCGACUUCGACCAAUGGUCUAUCAAGAUACAGGUCAAGUUCCGUGAACACGAGGAGCUCUCUAUACUCGACUCUCAUCGCCAGUCUGGCGGUGAGCGAGCAGUCAGCACCAUCUUCUAUCUCAUGGCACUACAAUCGCUCUCUGCCUCGCCGUUUAGGGUAGUUGAUGAGAUCAACCAGGGUAUGGACCCACGAAACGAGCGCAUGGUCCACGAGCGCAUGGUUGAUAUUGCGUGUGGGCAGGCCGAUUCGGGUACCACCGGUGGGCAAUAUUUCCUCAUUACUCCUAAACUGCUUGGCGGGUUAGUAUACAAGCCUGGUAUGACGGUACUGUGCAUUUUCAGCGGCGAAUUUAUGCCUGAGGAUUACAGCCAGCUAGACUUUAGACGGUGCGUGUUGCGCAUGAAAGAGGUUAAGGCUCAGCGAGGGAUGUCGGAGAAAUCGAAGGGUAAAAGGGCGAUGGUUGGGUGA